GGGAGUUGGAACACCACCUAACCUACCGGAACCCUCGGGUCUAUCUAUAUCUUCUCUCCUUGUCCUUGUUCUUGUUCUCUCCCUAUCAAAGCUUACAGUCUCUUAUUCUCUCUCUCUCUCUCUCUCUCUCUCUCUCGUUAUCUUCAACGCAGGUCGAUCAAGAUGAUCUGAUAAUUAAUACAAAUAUAAUUGCGCUUUGCACAGUGGAAUUUGUGACUGUUGAGAAAAUUAGCCGAUCGGAGAGUUGGACGAUUGAUUGGGCGUAGAGCAACGAUCUCUUGAUCUUUUCGAAGGUUGUGGAGCUUCUAGAGGUCUUUCAGAAGGUGAGAUGGGUUCUCUGCAAGGACCAGUCAUUUGUCCUGCUCUCCGAGCAAAACAUAUGGUAGUUAACGCUCUUCCUGUUAAUAGUCCUUUAACAAAGGCUGAAAUUCGUAGAAGUGAAUCCUGGGGAUUCAGAAGAAUCAAUGGUAAUGGGAUUAAUGUGGGCCGCCUACAUGUGCGGAAGUACAAGAAGGUGCAAAGUAGUUUCAAUUCGUCAUCCAAUGGGAAUGGUAGUAUGGCAGAGAUUAACGAAAAUGACGAAGAUUAUGUGAACUGCAGUGUCGUUGAAGCAGUUGAGGUGAAGAGUGGUCCAGAUGGCUUUAUGAUUAAGAUGAGAGAUGGUAGGCAUUUAAGAUGUGUUCAUAACAACCCUCUAGUUGGGCAUCUGCCUGAUUAUGCUGCACAUCCUGCUAUUGUACUGAAGAUGGAAGACGGGACGGGUCUUCUGCUCCCUUUAAUUGUUUUGGAGAUGCCAAGUCUGUUGCUUCUGGCAGCCGUACGCAAUGUCCAAAUUGCUAGGCCCACUAUGUAUCAAGUUGUGAAGGAGAUGAUUGAAAAAAUGGGCUGUGCGGUGAAGCUUGUUCGAGUCACCAAGAAAGUGCAUGAAGCAUAUUUUGCUCAGAUAUACCUAUCAAAGAAGGGUAAUGAAAAGGAGUGUGUCAGCUUUGACCUUCGACCUUCAGAUGCCAUUAACAUUGCAGUAAGAUGCAAGGUGCCUAUCCAAGUCAAAAAACAUUUGGCUUAUAGUGAUGGGAUGAGAGUCAUUGAAUCUGCAAAGUUGUCAAUGCGCACUUCUUCUUCGGAUGGACUAUUGUUUACUGAACUGGACAGGCCUAGUGGAAAACCAUGCACUGAAACAACAGAGUUCAAUCUUUUGCGCAACAUGCUGAUUGCUGCUGUUGAGGAACGGUACAGAGAUGCAGCUCACUGGAGGGACAAACUCACUCAGCUUAGAUCCAAGAGGAAUUGGACAUAACAGGUGUUCGAGGAGGAUGGAAUUUGUACAUAAAACACCAUUGGGUCUAGUUGAAGAGGGGGACUCCCAGUUAGAAAUCCAUCAUUUAUUCCUCCUCUACUUCUUCCCCUCCCCUCCAACAAAAUGUUGCAGCAGGUUGUGCAUGUGUGUAUAUGGUCGAAUUUGACUGUUUUAGUGCAAAAUGUUUGACUUUAUGUGAGAUACUCUGGUUAUAUCUCUAUAUAUAGCAUUGCGGAAUCCAAAA